GCGCCGCGCUCGCAGGUCCCUGCCCGCAGCCCCAGCCGCUUCUGCCAGGAUUUUCCCAGGUCCAGCCCCCCUCGGCCGCCUCGGAUUUAGGAUUAACUCGCCUAUGGAGAGAUGGUCUUAGCUGAAUUACUUAAAGAUACUUAAGACCAGAUUUUUCACCAGUCGUCGGACUGCUGUAUCCAUGGAGCCCCGGAUUCCCCACAACAUCACCGUUGUCCCCAACUCUGUGAUGGUCCAGCCCUUGCUGGACAGUCGGAUCCCCUAUGGGCGGCUGCAGCACCCGCUCACCAUCCUGCCCAUCGACCAGAUGAAGACAACCCACAUCGAGAACGACUACACCGACAACCCCACCGCUUCCCAGCUGGCAGCCCAGAAGCGUCCCCGAGCCCCCCACGAACUGGUCUUGACCAACCAGCACCUGCAGCGGUGCGAGCAGGAUGUCACCCACCCCUGGAUUUCCUUCAGCGGGCGCCCCAGCUCCAUCAGCAGCAGCAGCAGCACAUCCUCAGACCAAAGGCUCCUGGACCACAUGGCCCCGGCGCCCGUGGCGGAGCAGUCCUCCCCCAGAGCCGUCCGCAUCCAGCCCAAGGUGAUUAACUGCAAACCCCUGGACCUGAAGGGCCCCUUGUCUCAGGAACUGGACAAGCACUUUCUGCUGUGCGAAGCCUGUGGGAAAUGCAAGUGCAAGGAGUGCGCGCUGCCCCGGACUCUGCCGUCCUGCUGGGUGUGCAACCAAGAGUGCCUCUGCUCGGCGCAGAACCUGGUCAACUACUCCACCUGCAUGUGUCUGGUCAAGGGCGUCUUCUACCACUGCACCAACGAGGACGACGAGGGCACGUGCGCCGACCACCCCUGCUCCUGCUCCCACUCCAACUGCUGCGCCCGCUGGUCCUUCAUGAGCGCCCUGUCCCUGGUGCUCCCCUGCCUGCUCUGCUACCUGCCAGCCACCGGCUGCGUCAAGCUCUCCCAGAGAUGCUACGACCAAGUCAGCCGGCCCGGAUGCAGAUGCAAAAACACAAACAGUGUCAUUUGCAAAGCGCUGCCGGAGAGCAAAGGGAACAGGCCAGAAAAGCCCUUUUGAUAGCUUGGGAGGACGGGGAGUGGGAGGACGCCCCACGGAAGAGUUGGGGGUGGCGUUGGCUCUUUUUAAUAACCUGUGUUCUGAGGAUGACGUUAGCCUUUUGCCUUCGGAGAAAGCAGAAGCAACUGUUUCCACAAACUGAAGCACUUUGGGUUAUUCAGGGUUUUGGAACUGGUCAGAAUUUAAAUAGUCGGGGCCAAAGGAGGAAUCUUAAUAAUGUAGAGUGAAGGCUGAAAAACCUAUGUGUGUAUCACGAAGUACAGCUGCUUAAAAACUCCCGGGUCGGAGGGACGGACGGCUGCUCCCCACGCCUGCCCACCACAGCCACCACGGACUGCUGGCUCGGCCACGCAAGCCAUAGCCCUUCCCUUCUGCUCUGCUCCCAGCACCUGCCGAGGGUGAGGGGUUCUCUCCCUCCUUCCCACCCACACCCCGGCAGAAGGGCCAGUUGCACACAAAGUACCCGUUUCUCAAAAGCUUUCUGUGUCCCUCAAAGAUUUUGAGCCAGAAGUAAAGAGGCAGUUCGCUCGCUCAAGGGUCUCUCAACAUGUAGACACGUGGCUUUCUUCGAACCCUCCUGGCCACCGUUGAUUUGGACCCUCUUUUUUCAAAGCAAGGUGGUGGCAGGGCUGCUCCCUCCGCGGGAGGACCAGGGGCAGGAUGUGUUCAGUUGGUUGUGUCAACACCCUGCCGUUCUGCCCGCCAGCUGAUCUGUAGCAUCAGGUUUCUCUCAAUGGAAUAUUAAUUUUACAUCAACGGCGCAGACCCGCUCCAGAAGGAUGUUGGUCGAAUCCCGUUCCCCCAGCGCUCCCGCUUGCUCCCCCGGUGCUGGAGCAAAGGGGAUCUUAAGUUCCACCAAGAGAAGACGUUCAGUGUUUGCUUCUCUAAACCUCUCAAGCUCUGUUAAGAAGUCACAAAAACCUAAGCGUAGGACACACAUAGGUGUAUUUUUAUAGGGAUAUCAACCCAGUACCUCCUCUCCUGGAACAAGCUCUUCUUUGCUCAUUAAAUAUUAAGAUUUUUUUUUUGUCUUGGGGAAGAAUGGCAUUCACUUGAAGUACAGCCCAUUCCCCCAUCUCUAUUGCUGCUGUUUGACUUUAGCCUCCUCUGUACAAAAGUGUGUCUUUUUAAAUGUAGAGAAAAUGCUUUUAAUGUUUAUUUUAGUAUUAACAAAUGCUAGGGAAAGCCAGGGGAGGGAAGAGAGCGUAUUUAAGAAGUUUGCCCAUGGUUUUCAGUGAGUGAGUACCAUUGGCUUCGUCCGUGCACUCAUCCUCGGGCCGGUGCUGCGUUCCCUUCGGAUGCAGCAACCCCUUUCUCUUGACAACUACAAGGUGCUAAAGAAAAAUCUUUGUCCAAACAUGCAACACUGUAAUAAGCAGGUAGGUACUUGUUGCAUGCAGAAAACUGAUCUAGUCUCUCUAUUUUUAUUUUUUUUUUGUUUAAUUAGAGGAAAUUUCCUCAGUAAAUGCACAGCAGUGACAGUGAAAUGUCAUCUCUAAUUAGAUAAGCAAUAGGCAGAGCUCAUGUAGCAUUUCCAGGAAUCCCAUUUGCUCGGUUGCAAUACAGCUGCUGCGGAGGGGUUGGCAGGAGCGUCCUGAUGGCAGCUCUGGUGUCUUUUGUUUUAAAGAGUUCAUUUAACCUGGAUGACUUGGGGUUUAGUUAAGCUUAAUUGUAGAUAUUUAUUGAAUGAGGAAUUUAAAAAAAAAAAAAAACAAAACAAAAAGUUUAUAACACUUGCUAGCUUGUGUCUGAUAAACCAUAGGAAAAGUGUUGCUGUGUCUGUCACCAGAUACCAAUUCCUAUAGUUUAUCCUCGUGUCGAUCGUAUGGGGACACCAGAAAGAAGGAGGCAGGUGGGGAUCCAGAGCUGUAAAUAUUACCUUGCACAAAUGAGAGGGGAAAGGGUAAAAGGAAAACCAACCCCAAACUAGCUGAGCUGUUGGUUGAAUGUAUAAGGUAUUGUAUUUAAUAAGAGAAAUCACUUUCCUAAGAUGCAAACAGGCUAGAAAAAUGCAGCAGGAGAGGCAUUUACCUGCUGCCCUCCUCUGUUGGGACCAUAAAGAUCCGAACAGCCUCCACCUAUAGUUGUUUUGCUUUUUUGACCCUCUGUCCUUGGCUGUUCCUGGGGGAUUUGUGCUGAAAAACUGCAACAAGCGAAGCCCAUGGUUUAGGUGCAUGGUCCUUGCAAGCAAAUGCAACGCUGGAGUGGUCGCCACUGUGCCAAUCUACACUCAUGUAUAUACACCCAGCAACCCCCUAUGGAUUUCCUUUCCUUGUACAUAGUUGUAAACUAUUUCUCUGUCGGUUUCUUUUAAUAUAUAAACCCUGCUAUGGUGUAAGCCGAUCCCACGCUGGAAGGCUGUGAAGCGUUAGUGGAUGUGUUAGAGCAGUGGCAAAUGUAGCAGAGCGACCCUCCCUCUCCUCCUCAGCCUCCAGACCCUGCUCCAUCCCCUCCCGGCCCAAGGCACGGCAGGAAAGUCCCCGAGCUCUUUGCAGGGGGCUCAGAAAGGCUCAGGGUGGCCAAAGCGGGGGCUCUGCUGGCCACACUGUGCCACGGGGCUGGGGGAGGGUACGUCUCCGGUCAAUAAUGUCUUUAUCUCCCUUUUUCCCCAUCCCAGCACCCCCGUUCCCCAUCCCUUUUUACGGUACUUGGGUCUCCUGCCGCCCCUCAGACGUGCCAUGGGCACGGUGCCGUGUAACCCCAGCCCCGGCGAGGGCAGGGAGGUGGCAGCUCUGGGCCACCCGCCUGCAGGUCAUGUCCCCCCUUGCAAACUGAUGAACGGCUGCUAAUUAGCACAGGGAGGUGUUCUCUCCUACCGUGUCAACCACGAAGGCGAGGGGGGACAUGAGGGCAGGUCCCCCGGGACCAGCGCUGUGCCACCACAGAGCAGCUCUGGAGGAGGAGGACGGCGGGGCAAUUAGGCUUCACCACCCUCAACUGCUAAUUGCUUGGACGGUUCGUUGCCGGGUACUGUCCUCUGCCCACACACAGAAGCCCAGAGAGCAAGAAGGGGUGACUUCACAACACGUUGGCAGUGCCACACCAUGUUCCUGGCUGGAGAAGCAUCACCAGAGUGGCUCCAACAGCCAAAUUAACCAUCACAGCACCCCGUGUCCCAGUGCCCACCGGGCACAAGGACCACCUCCUAAAUCCACACUGUUGCUCCCCGGGCACCGGCUCCCCCUCGCCCUUCACAGCACGGGGUGUUCUUCCUCCCCUCCCACCCUGAUAAAGGUUUCCCCCUUCUCCUGUUGGCACCCCACCACAUACACACCCUGAAAAGUUACCACAGAAGGUUUUCUUUGUAUAGAAUAUUUAUUUUGAAGCUCUAUUUUAAUAGUAUUUAUUUUAGAAAGUCUACUAUUGUAAGAGUUCUUCUGUUUGUGAAGAAAAACAAGUACUGAUGAAUGUACUGAUCUAGAAAUUAUAUAUAUAUAAAUAUAUAUUGUUAAAUAUA